AAUGCCAUCUUCCGAACUGCCCGUUUCUUAUAAUCAACUCUGAUAUCAUGAUCUGGUAAACACUCGUCUCCACAUGCUUCUUCCACUGAUGCAGAAGCAAAUGAGAUGUGUUCCUUUCAUGGGUUGUCCAAAGUAGGAAACCAAGGAAAUGCAUAGCACGAUAACCUGGAUAUAAAACGUGGGUCGUCGGGUACUCGAGUAUCCCCUCAUUACCUGGGGAACAUAUAGCGCAACGCCUGGAACAUCUUUGGUACGGUCUCUUGGGGAUAACCAUAAACAGAUCGUCUUUGGCGAGCCCCCUAGUUUACUAGAAGAAAUUCGAGUUUGAUCCAUCUUCUCAUGAGCCGGACGGAUGCGGAUACACAUCAUGCGUGGAAUGCUUCCAGACGACGAAGAGUUUAGCCAUGACUCUGCCCAUAAAUCCACAGCAAGUCCCAAUCGCCAAUGUUUUUCAAGGUUACCAGGCAUGUUAUUAUUUGCUUGUUCUCUCUGCAUCGUAUUCGUGCUUGCAUGGUCGGCGCAUCGUAAUUACAUCAUCAACACGACGACGGUUAUCCCUCAGCUCAGGCUUCUCCGUCCCAAACGCGAUGGGAAGAAGCUUCAAGGAACAGCAGUGGUGGCUGGAGGAAGCAUUGCAGGAUAUGCAACUGCUCGCGUUCUGUCCGAUUACUUUGCACGCAUUGUUAUCAUUGAGCCGGAUUACCGAAUCGAGAGAACUGCAACGCGUGUUGCUCAGCGUGGUCACUGCCAUGUCGCGUUUCCACUGAUGGUUAUCAUCUGUCGAGCACUCUAUUCGAAUUUUGAUGAGGUGGCCGCAAAGAUGGGCUGUCCAGUUCAUCCUUGCUUCCGAAGGUGGAUAUUGGGUACGUCCUGGAACUGCUGGCCCACGGCAGCACUCCCUGGGUGUGAGUAUCAGAGGGUCAUAGUGGAAAGGGUCCUCCGCGAACUUGCUGCCUCUUACGCAGGGGAUUCUUUGGAGGCUAUACAAGGAACCGUUACCAGUUUGCAUGCUUCCGUGCCAUCUUCGGCUUCUAUCUCUGCCGUGUCCUACAGACCUUCGAUGGGAUCAGCCGAAACUGUCACAAUGCCCUGCGUGUUUUUUGCGGAUUGCAGUGGAGGAAGUGCAAUAGCAUCGAAAUUGCUUCCCCGAGCGACUAGCAAUCACCUAGAGGCUCGUUCCACAGCAGCUGCGGUGGCGCAACGCUGGGGCCCAUAUACUCGCCGUUCCUAUGCUCUGGACGCCAUGUACAGGUGCUUUUAUGUUCCCGUGAAGGACGAGAAGUUGAAGCACCGAAUUGCUGGCCUAGUACCACGGAAUGACCCCAACUGUGGAAAUUGGGCCGGACUGAAAACGUUAUACGCCCAAGCCCCUCGUCCUGAUGAAGCGGGCAGCGGAGGUCCAAAGGAAGGGAUCAUCAUCCAGAAGGUUCUGGAUAAUGAAUUGCUUAUCAGUUACGGCGCUUUGGGUGAUGUGACGCCACCCAGCAAUCUUGCUCAGCUCGACCUAACUGUUCGUGACACGCAUGAGAAAUUAUUCAAGCUCAAGCCGUCGCUGAAGGAUAUUUCUCUUUGGGUUUAUGCCCUAUUUGACCUUCUCCGAGAAAGUCAAGUGGAUGACAAGAUCCAAAUCCUUUCUUCUAAAAUACGUCCCUCGUGUUACAUUGACUAUUUAUCGGCGCCUACCCCCAACAAUUUCGUAGCCAUCGGAGAUUCCGCCAUGUGCACGAAUCCUUUCUUCGCCCAAGGGAUGCCGAACGUAUUCAAGAGCGUCGUUAUGCUAAAUACGACCUUACACAAGCACAUCACUGGCUUCCCCAACCAUACCAACAUCUCCUCACUACCGAUUUCGCGUUCCUAUUUCGCGCUAGCCAAUCAAAUAUGCGGGUACACCUACAAUGUCAUUCGUUCAUUUGACUAUGGCCACCCAGCGACGAAGCCUCAAGAAGGAGAAACCCUGGAAUACGGUGCCAGAUUCAGGGAAUACUGGAAUUAUCUAGAUAAGGCUAGUCAGUGGAGUACAGCGGUGGCAAACGCCGUUGAUGAGGUGCGUAUAGGAACCAGCCCAUAUGUAGAUUUGUUUAGCCCGCUGGUGAUGGGGAUGGUCUUGUGGGAACAACUCCGAGGUCGAAAUGAAGCGGGGACAUGUUGAACUAUUCCGGGUAUUCUGGCCAUUCAAAUACCCCCACCUGAGGCGAACCCUUGCCGAAGUAGACGCGAAGCCCCUAUGUGUAUCCAAUCGCAUUAUCAUGACAUAAACAUUA